AUGAAAGGCUUCAGGCAAAGAGUGCACGAGCAGUUGUCGAGAGCAAAGGAGUCAAAUAAAUCCUCCAAGAAAAAGGAUUCAAGUUCAGCUACCGCGUCGCCCCUCUCUACCUCUGCUACUCUGGCCGGCGGCGAAUCGAAAUCCCCAAACAGCUCCAAUGCUGCCACGCCCAGUUCCUCGACUACGAACGUGAAUGAUGUACGGUCCAAAAAUACUCCUGGUGACAGUGGUGCAGGCGGACCUGCGAAUACUUUGCACCCUGGAAUCCUUCCUUCUGCGUCUGGAGCUGCAGGCCAGCACUACAUACCACAAGGAGCUGGUCAGGGUCCUGGCGGGCCGGGUACCCCUAGCAGGCAAGGCGGACAUCUCGCACCGAGUGUUAUCAUAAGCCCAAGUGCUCCUCACAUCCCCGGUCCAGGCGCCACAGAGACAAUGCCCGGUGACCUUGCGCCUCCGAAGGCGGGCCAAAAAUCCCUUCUCUUCGACCGCCUUCAGUCAACGCCCAAAGAUGUGGCUGAGGGAAUUCGGACACCCAAGAGACAGCAUUCCUCCCGGUUUGAUGUCUCUGACCAGAGGUCUCGAGAGCUGGAGAAACUACCAGGCUUCCACGAGGUGCCGCCGAACCGACGACAAGAGUUGUUCAUGCAGAAGAUUGACCAGUGCAACAUCAUUUUCGACUUCAAUGACCAGACCGCAGACAUGAAAUCAAAAGAGAUCAAACGCCUUGCUCUACAUGAAUUGCUGGAUUAUGUUGCGAACAAUAGAUCGGUCAUCACGGAGCCGAUGUAUCCCAAAGUCGUCGAGAUGUUCAGUAAAAACCUGUUCCGGCCGGUUCCUCCUCCGGUCAACCCUCAAGGCGAAGCCUUCGACCCGGAAGAAGACGAGCCCGUUCUUGAAGUGGCUUGGCCUCACAUACAAGUCGUCUAUGAAUUCUUCCUGCGCUUCAUUGAGAGCCAGGACUUCAAUACCAAUAUUGCCAAGGCAUAUAUCGACCACCACUUUGUCCUUCAGCUCCUCGAACUCUUCGACUCGGAAGACCCUCGCGAAAGGGAUUUCUUGAAGACCACACUGCACCGCAUCUACGGCAAAUUUCUGAAUCUCCGCUCAUACAUUCGGAGGUCCAUUAACAAUGUCUUCUUCCAAUUCACCUACGAAACAGAGAGAUUCAACGGGAUCGCAGAGCUUUUGGAAAUCCUGGGGUCCAUUAUUAAUGGCUUUGCACUCCCUCUGAAGGAGGAACACAAACUGUUCUUGACCAGGGUGCUCCUCCCCCUCCACAAAGUCAAGAGCCUGAGCAUGUAUCACCCACAGUUGGCCUAUUGUAUCGUUCAAUUUCUGGAGAAGGAUUCUGCUCUUACGGAAGAGGUUGUUCUUGGCCUCCUCCGCUACUGGCCCAAAACCAACAGUACCAAAGAGGUGAUGUUCUUGAACGAGGUCGAGGACAUCUUCGAAGUUAUGGACCCUCAAGAGUUCGCCAAGGUUCAGGAGCCACUGUUCAAUCAACUGGCCAAAUCUGUUGCCAGCCCCCACUUUCAGCAGGUGGCAGAGCGUGCACUGUAUUUCUGGAACAACGAAUACUUUUGCAACCUCGUCAGUGACAAUGUCGAGACAAUUCUACCCAUCAUGUUUGCACCUCUGUAUGAGAAUUCCAAGGGUCACUGGAACCGGACAAUUCACGGCAUGGUUUACAACGCGAUGAAACUGUUCAUGGAGAUCAACCCCCAACUCUUUGACGAAUGCUCCCAUGAUUACAACGAAUUACAGAACACCGCAGCUCAACGCGAGAAAGAACGCGAGGCCAAAUGGGAGAAACUCACCGAGCAGGCGAACAAGAACCGAAUUAAGCUCUCGAAGCCACCCUCGACCCCAGCCAUCAAGGAAGUGCCUGAGACCGACGCUACACAAGAUAAUCAGGAGAGGCUUGAUGCUCUGAAACUGCACGAUGACUCGAUAUCUUCGAAGCCAGCAUCAGUAUCAGUAAGUCUUCCAUGUCCAGGACGGAAAGCACAAGAACCGCGACUUUCCUGA